GUGGAUAAUAUGGCGGAGUGUUUUGCUUGAGGGGGCUAGUCGUUUCGAGCGGCGCUGAGUUUGGGAUUUAGUCAGAAAUAUUUCAGAUGAAGGUGGUGAACCUGAGGCAGGCCAUUCUUCAGGCCUGGAAGGAGCGAUGGACAGACUAUCAAUGGGCCAUAAAUAUGAAAAAGCUUUUUCCAAAGGGUCCCACAUGGGAUCUCCUAGGACUCUCAGAUCAUCUCCUGGAACAGGCCUUGGUUGGCCCAUCCCCCAAUCCUCUGAUUAUGUCUUACUUGAAGUAUGCUAUUAGUUCACAGAUGGUGUCUUAUGCAAGUGUCAUGUCUGCUAUUGCAAAGUUUGAAGAUUACUCCAGGGAACUGUGUGUUAAAGCUCUUCUGGAAUUAAUGGACAUGUUUUGUGAUCGGCUCAGCUGCCAUGGGAAAGCAGAAGAAUGCAUCAGUCUGUGCCGAUCAUUACUUAGCACGCUCGCAUGGUUGCUGAGAUGUGCUGCUUAUUGUACUGAAAAGCUGAAGGAGGGAUCAGAUGGAACUUAUGGAGAAGAACAGCUCGAACUCUGCAUGAAUCAGAUUGAGAAGACUGUGAGCAAGAGGAAGAAUCGGGCUCUUCUUCACAUUGCACGAUUGGAAGAACAAGUUACAUGGACUAAUUUGGAACAGGCACUCAUAAAGCUUACAGAAAACCACAACAAGAUAAGUAAUCAGCAGCUCAGACUGAGGCUAGAAGAGUGUAUUGGAUUGGUUAAGAGUAUUCCAGUUAUAACGGCUCAGUCUGAGCAGAACACCAAGAUGGAAUUCCCCACUGUUCAUACGCUAAUCAUGUUGGAAGGGACUCUGAAUCUCACAUCUGACACUCAAUCACUUGUGGAACAGCUGAUCAUGGUGAAAAGAAUGCAGCGAAUCCCCUCACCUCUCUUCUUACUGGAGAUCUGGAAGGCCUGUUUUGUUGGUCUUAUUGAAUCCCCAGAAGGAACCGAGGAGUUAAAGUGGACGGCAUUCACAUUCCUCAAGAUUCCACAAGCAUUAUUGAAGCUUAAGAAAUGCCCUCUUGGUGAUAAAGAUUUUGCUGAAGAUGUGAACACUGCCUUUGAAUUUUUGCUCAAACUCACUCCACUUCUGGAUAAAGCAGAUCAGCGAUGCAAUUGUGACUGCGUCAGUCUCCUGCUUCAGGAAUGUGGAAAAUUGGGUCUUCUUUCAGAGAGUAAUAUGAAAAACCUGGUCAACAAAAGAACAGCAGAUAGGGAAUUGGCUCCACGACUAAAAUCUGCUGAAAAUGCCAGUAUUCAACCUAAUCCAGGCCUUAUUCUACGUGCAGAACCCACAGUCACUAAUAUAUUAAAGACCAUGGAUGCAGACCAUUCCAAAUCUCCUGAGGGACUUCUGGGAGUGCUGGGCCACAUGCUUUCUGGGAAGAGCUUGGAUUUGCUAUUGGCAGCUGCUGCUGCUACUGGGAAACUGAAAUCAUUUGCUCGGAAAUUUGUCAAGUUAAAUGAAUUUGCCAAGCACAUCAGUGGAGAAGGAUCAAAAGCAGCUUCGGUCCGAGCACUGCUAUUCGAUAUUUCCUUCCUCAUGUUGUGCCAUGUUGCUCAAACUUAUGGAUCUGACGUCAUUCUGUCUGAGCCCAGCACAUCAGGAGAGGUGGUUUUCUUUGAAACAUGGAUGCUGACCUGCAUGCCUGAGGAAGGGAAGAUCUUAAAUCCAGAGCAAGGAUUCCGUGCUGACCCCACGAAAGUGGAGUCACUUGUGGCUCAUCUCAAUUCCUCCACUGAAAUGAAGCUCGUCCAGGUGAAAUGGCACGAGGUAUGUUCCUGUACACCGGCAGCUAUCCUGGAAGUUCUUAAUGCCUGGGAGCAUGGACUUCUGACAUUUGAGGCAGUGCAGAAAAUUACCGAUAACAUCAAAGGGAAGAUUUGCAGCAUGGCAAUCUGUGCAGUGGCUUGGUUAGUGGCACACGUGAGAAUGUUGGGUCUGGAAGAACGUGAGAAACCACUACAGAUGAUCUGCCAGCUUGUAACACCACUGUAUGCAGAAAACACACUUCAGUUCUACAAUGAACGCGUGGUUAUUAUGAGCCUGAUUUUGGAGCAAAUGUGUGCUGAUGUCCUGCAGCAGACUGCAACCUCCAUCAAAUUUCCUUCAGCAAACCUAGAUCCUAUCCCUUACCGGAAUCUAUUGCCAGUGAAGAAGCCAAUUAAAGAAGUGCUCAUUACCAACUUCAAUGACAUCCUGAAUAAAGGCUGGGUGGACAGCCGCUCCAUCCAUGUGUUUGAGGCAUUGCUGCAUAUGGGAGGAGUGUACUGGUUCUGUAAUAACCUCAUUAAGACUCGCUCUGCUCCCUCCUCUGGGACUCUGCCCACACUCGCUCUGCUCCCCGCUCUGACACUCAGCUCACACUUGCUCUGCUCCCUGGUGUGGGACUCGGCCCACACUCACUCUGCGCCCUGGUCUGACACUCGUCCCACACUCGCUCUGCUCCCCGCUCUGACGCUAUCUGUCUGGUGUGCCCUGAGUGCUCAUUCCUCACAUAACAAGAAUCAGGCCACAGCGAAACAGAGGAAAAGACACCGAGAAGAUAUUGAGGAUUACAUCAACCUCUUCCCUCUGGAUGAUAGCCAACCAUCAAAACUGUUACGACUGUUGAGCUCAAAUGAAGAGGAUCCAAAUAUUCUGUCCAGUCCCGGUGAUCGUACAAUGAGCAGCUCACUGUCAGCCUCUCAGCUUCACAACAUCAACAUGAGAGACCCCUUGAACAGGGUAUUGGCAAACUUAUUCCUGUUGAUCUCUUCAAUUCUGAGUUCAAAGGUGGCUGGACCUCACACCCAAUUUGUUCAGUGGUUCAUGGAAGAAUGUGUGGAGUGUUUGGACCAGGGGAGUCGUGGUAGUGUUCUCCAGUUCAUGCCAUUUACCAUGGUUUCUGAGUUGGUGAAACUACCUGCCAUGUCUAAGCCAAAAACAGUACUGGCAAUAACUGACCUGGGUCUUCCUCUAGGGCGCAGGGUAGCAGCAAAAGCCAUUGCUGCUCUCUGAAGAAAGCCAUUCAUGUCAACUACUUAAACUCGAGUAGCUACAACAUUCACGCUUCUAAUCCAAAUAUUUGCACAUGAAGGAAGUAGUCCUGGGAGCAGGAGAAACUGCAACAGAAAUCCAGUUUUGCAUCUUCCACUAAAUAGUUUUUGCUGGAGUUAUUCAUUCUAAAUUGUGGAAAUAAUUCUCCCCUCCCCCUUCAGGGAGCUACACUGACAAAUAUUGCAUAGUAUGGGAUGAGGAUUGCAAUAUUGCAGCCAGAUCUUCAAUCUGCACUCUUUCCAAUAAUUUCCUGUUGGGAACAUAUGUUUCUUCUGUUUACAUUAUUUGUGACAGUGCAUGUUAAUUCUCUGAAUCUCUUCGAAUUUUCUCUAUUUAAGGAAGAUUACGAAGUGUUGAAGGCAUAAAAUCACUAGAAAUGUUCAGAACCCCACUGGUUAUUGUAGUGGGAAAGGUCUGGGCGAGUUCUGAUGAAUCCAACAGCCUUUUCUUACCAUUCCCUUUUUUUGGAUUCUUUAGUACAGUAUCACAUGUCAGAGACAUUUCAAAAGAAGCUGCAUUUCGAUAUGGGAUGUAUGUGCGCAUGCUGUUGAAGCUUUCUGUCCUGCACUCAUCAGAAUCACAAGGAGAGAAACAAAUAACAGUGCACGACAAGAGGAUGAUUGUUUGCCAACCAGUCAAGGUCCUCUUCUUACAUAGUCUAAAUUGUUCCCUUGCGACUUGGUAUUCUUCCGAUUCUGUCCUGCUAGUGCAAAACAAGAAGCUUUGAUAGUACGUCUCUCAAUUUUAUUAAGCAUUGUUCAACUCCUGUACUACCAAGUGACUGUAUCUAUGUAUGUGUAUAUACCUUUGGACAGUCAGCUGGAGCUCUAAAAAUUGCUAAAAUUUAUUAUGACAAAUCUCCUUUUAUAGGACUGUAACUUCACCAACAAUUUGAUCAAAAGCAUGUUGAUUAUUCAAUGGUGUUAGGGAGAUUAUGAUAAUAAGGCCUCUGCUGUUUGUUGGUUUAUUUUCAUCAAUCUCAGCUUGCAGUGACUUCAAACAUGAAUUACCAAAUUUCUGUUGGGCUUAAUUGGCUGUUGAAUGACCUUUUUCAUUGCAGCAUUUCUACCGAAUCCAUAUCAAUCAGCUCCAGGACAAAAUGCACCAAUCUAAAAAUCACACAACACCAGGUUAUAGUCCAA